AUGGAAACCGACUUCGCGAUUGCAGCUGCUGCCAGCUUGAGGUUGGCGCACCCAGUGUCGGGGCACAGGAACUUUCGGAACUUUCGUGUGCCGAGGCAGCUCUCCCGUCGCAAGUGGAAUUUAGCGGGUGCAGGUGCGACCACCUUGGCCGUUUCCGUCGCCGCUGGGCUUGGGUCGCCACGCAAGGCGCCACGCCAAGGUGCUCGCGCUGGUGGCGCUGGUCGCGCUGCCCGUGCCUUUGGAGGGCAGCUGGAAGAGGAAGUGGCCGCGGCUGCAGAGGUGGUGCAGAAAGCACUGGCGUUGGUGCAAGCUUUGGCAUGCGACAUGGACGUUGCGCCCCCGUCGCUGGGGAAGGAGAUCGAAGCCUGCGACGUCACGGCGGGGAUCUCCACCAUCAAACCCGGUGACAGCACCCCGGUGACGGCGGCGGACUUCGCCAUCCAGGGUCUGGUGAGCCGUGCGCUGAAGCAACGGUUUCCGGCAGAUCGCUUCAUGGGCGAAGAGGAUUCCAAAGAGCUGCGCGAGGAUGAAGACUUGUGCAAUCUGGCACUUGAACUUUGUUCGAACUUCGGUGGCAGCAUCAGCCGCGAGGAGUUUCUGCAGUGCGUGGACGCCGGCCUGGAAGCUGACCAGGGGCAGCAGCGCGUCUGGGUGCUGGACCCCAUCGACGGCACCAAGGGCUUCGUGACGGGUCAAGGCUAUGUCAUCGGACUGUCGCUGCUGGCUGACGGGGUUCCCCUGAUUGGAGUCAUGGGCAACCCCAAUGUUCAGUCGACGCCACCCAUCAUGAUCGCAGUGAAGGGCCAGGGCUUACGUUGGUGGCCCGCCGCUGGCAGCGGACCACUCGACUUCAAAGUUGUGAAGCCAGACUGGGCGGAACAAGACUUCACGCUGCCUACGGAUCCUACGGAUCCUACGGAUGCUGCGGCACCCAAAGAAGGUGUCGACUUCCCACCUUGGCUGCUGUCCCCGCAGAGCACCCGCGACGCGUGCAGGCCUUUCGGCCCUCGGGCUGAUGGAUCGGAGCUGUGUUGCGGUUCGAUGGUGAAGUACUUCGCCGUGGCCACAGGGAGCCAUUGCGGCUAUGUGCAGUAUGAGAAGGAGUUGAAAACGUGGGACCACGCCUGUGGGGUCAUUUGUGUCGCGGAGUCCGGGGGAGCGGCCCGCGUGACGGAUGCCGAGGGCCAGGAGGUCACCUUUCCAGGGAGAAAGUUCCGAGUGGCUGGUGGCAUCGUGUCCUGCUCGCGCUGGUGCACUCCCGCGAUGCGUGCGGCGUUGAUGGAGGCGUGUGCUGGCAAUCUCUGA